GACUAAAUAAUAACAGUCACAAUAAAACAACAGAAAGAGAAACGACCACGGAAGACGUAAAAGACGGAAAUAAGAAGAGUGUGCUAGCAUUUUCUACAAUUGUUUAGAUUGUCAUUAAACGAAAGCGAGAAAGAAAAAAGAAAAGACUGCAUAACCACUGAAGAGUUUCGUUUGUUAACUAAAAAUUUCCAAAAAACUUAUCUAAAAAGCAAAAAAAGAUACGUCAGAUAUCCACAGCUAAAAACAUACGGUGACAUUCAAAACGCAAUAGAAAAUCAAAAAAAAAAUAUUUAUAUGCUAAAGCGAAAUCGAAAUCGAAAUCAUAAAAAUACUUUGUCAAACUAGAAGAAAAACACAAACCAAACCAAAUACAAACAAAAUCUUAAAACACAAAAAAAUACAAAACAACGCAGAGAACCUUGAAAAGCAAGCAAUUUCAACCAAACAAUGUUUUAAACCAUAACAAUUAUUCACUUCCCUAAAAAACAAAUUUCAAGUAAAUUAACUUUUGCUGUGAAAAUGCAGAUAAGAUUUUGCGAAAUAUCCACAAUUUUAUGGGUGAUUUCACCGAUUGCCACGGUGUUGAGCCUAUCUCUCACCAGCGAUGAAAUAUCAUCGGAGCUGAUACGCAAUGAGGACAAUCUAAAACGCAUUGAAGAUAUCAAACACAACAUCUUCUUUUCGGAUGAAUUGAGCUCUUCGGAAUAUCACGAUGAUCUCGAUAUGGAAAUGGGCAUAGAUGGCAAUUACGAGUGGGAUCUAUUGAUAUUCACCCAACAAUGGCCCGUCACCACCUGCUACCACUGGCGGGAGGAAGAUAAGAACCAUGCGUGUAAGCUACCCGCGGAUAAGGAGUUCUGGACUGUCCAUGGUUUGUGGCCUACUAAGAAGGGACAUUUUGGCCCUUCGUUCUGUAAUAAAACAGCAAAAUUUGAUAUCCAUCUCUUAGACGAGAUCAAGGAUCGUUUGAAUCAUUUUUGGCCCGACAUUGAUGGUGAAUCGAAGGGAGAUUGGCUGUGGAAACAUGAAUGGCUGAAACAUGGCACUUGUGCAGCCGAGCUGGAGGAGUUGGACAACGAAUUGAAAUAUUUCUCACAGGGCAUUACAUGGCGCGAAGGCUUUGAACUUUCUAAAAUGUUAGACAGUGCUGGCAUACAUCCAGACUCCAAUAAUACAGUGGUGGCCAUUCACACCGCCCUGCUAAAUGGUUUGGGCAAAAAUCCCUCCAUACAUUGCCUGUACGAUAGUAAGACGGAUAUCAGCUAUUUGGAGGAGAUACGCAUAUGCUUCGAUAAGGAACUCAAUGCCACCGACUGUGACGGUGUCAAGCAUGGUGAUGCUGUAUCCAUUGAUUACCCGGGCGGCACAGUCAUAACCAAUUGCCACAUAUCAAAGCCUGUACACUACCCCAGCCUGGUGCCGAAUAAACGCCGGCAGGCAGAGAAGAAAUGGAAAUUCCCCAUUGUGAAUUUGUACAAACUUUUGCAAUUCAUUAUGUGGUUCACCCUAUGAGGCACAGGGCAAAGAGUUGACAAGGCAACCCAUUCAGAGGCAUUAUUAACUAAUUUGGCUAUAUCUAUAAAGGCGUCUGUAUGCAUUACCCAAUAGCAAAUCCACAUUGGCUCAAACCGCAAAAACUAAUGAAUGAACAAACAGCUAAAGAAAUUUUAUUUUUAUAUUUGAAAAAUACAGAAAAACGAAGAAACUCAUGGUGAUGAUGAUGACGGCGUGUUACAAAGUGAUUAAAGGGUGGGCUGAAGCUAUACUCGUAUUUAUAUACAUAUAUUUUUUUCAAUCAUUUAAAAAUUCUUCUAUUUUAAUCAUUGAUUCUACACAAUUUAUAUUUACAACUGCAUAUAUGGAUAUUGAAACAAUUAUGGGCAAUAAUUUUUUUUUUUUUGUAAUUUUAACGAUCGCUAGUAUAACUUAUUAUGAUGACUACAAGAUCAAAAAUAUUUUAUAAGUUGAAAAUUUUUGAAAAAAUUAAAGAAUCGCAAUUAUCGCAUAAAAGAGAAAUUGAAAUUGUUGUAUUGUUUAAAUUAUUUUUAAUAAUCGAAAUAGCAAACUUUCAAUCAAUAAAAAAUUGACUUAAAAAAAAAACAAAUCAAAACAACCACAUA